AUAAACGGCAUUUCUCUUGUUGGACUUCCUCUGUCGGCUGCUCAGGCAAAUAUCAAAAAUGUGAAAACUGCUACUGCUGUUCGACUCACUGUGGUCUCUACACCUCCAGUUGUAGAGGUAAGGAUACGGCGGCCUGACACUAAAUAUCAGCUAGGAUUUUCGGUUCAAAAUGGAGUAAUCUGCUCGCUACUACGAGGUGGGAUUGCUGAGCGAGGAGGAAUUCGCGUCGGUCACCGAAUUAUUGAAAUCAACAACCAAUCGGUAGUAGCAGUGGCACACGAUAAAAUAGUGAACAUGCUAGCAACAGCUAUAGGAGAAAUCCACAUGAAGACUAUGCCGACGAGCAUGUUCCGAUUGCUUACUGGUCAGGACACCCCACAGUACAUCUAA